AUAAAGAUCUGGGCGUUUUAAUUGUUCCUUUUUCUAUUUUCUCAGACAUCAAAAAAGUUGAUCUUACCAAAGCGAAAGAUCGAUCCCUCCUUGCGUACAAGCGAACUAUUAUCGCCAGGAGCCGAGAGACGUGAGUUGGCAUGUAUGGAGAGAUGGAGGGGAGCUCAUGGCGGCGUCUGGCAUUCAUAGCUUCGAUUUCUCUGCACUUCGUCUUAGGUCUAUCAGGUGAUUCCAAGAAUACAAAUAAGGCAGAGUCACACACUUCUUCCAGCAGAACAGGCACAAAAGUAAUCCUCGUACUGCUCGGAUUCGUGGCUGUAGCUAUGUUCUCCUUCUUUCUAUACAAGCUAUGGCAGAAGAAGAAAAGAGACGAGCAGUAUGCUCGACUGUUGAAGCUGUUUGAGGAAGAUGAUGAACUGGAAGUUGAGCUAGGACUUCGAGAUUAAAAAAAAAUUUCAAGCUAUCGACAAAAUGCGUGACGCAUAUUUGUUUGUGUUAGCUUUGGUUUUUUCCGUGUAAGAUAAAUUAUAGGUAUUAAGAUGGAUCAGAGCAUGUCUUUGGUUAAAGUUUUACUUUCAAGUGAUCUUAUGUUUGUUAUUGACAUGCUUUUAUCUUGGUGAAAUAUAUAAUAAAUGCACACGAAAUUUAAUUA